AUGCCCUCCUCUCCACAGCUUCGAGGGCAUGUGCCAUCACCACAGAGCUCUAUAGCGGCCUCUACCUCCGCGCCAGAUGAUACGAGCCAAGCAGCCGCCAAGGCUGCACGCAUCCAGCUCCGGUCUGCCCCCCAGGUUGCUAGUCCCGAGGACAAAACCACGGAUACCUCCUCUUCCUCUGAUUCAAAAGCCCUGGAAAAUCAGGCCUCUUCUUCUUCUGAUAGCGACAAUGGUUCCUCCGAACGUGAAAGCUCAUCACCCAGCUCCGCCUCAAAUCUUGCUGGCCAAACAAAUACGACUACGUCUGCAACCGGCUCAAACUCUUCUGCUUCUCGAGAUGCUGAUGGCGAAAGCUUGGCCAAGCGUGCCAAAACUGUGCCUGAAUCGCAGAAACGCACCGAGCCCUUUUCUUCGGGCGAAGACAGCACCCAGAGCGAUGACGACGAUAAUCAGCGCGACGAUGAAAAAGACGAUGAAGCUCUACCAGAUGAUGCUGAUGCUCAGCAACAUGCUGACGGCCAUUUCGCCUGCCCGCACGAGAAGAUUCAUUCGCAAGAGUUUGAAUUUCAGUGCGAAUUUUGCGACAAGCGGUAUCAUCGCAAGGAUCAACUAGACGUUCACAAGCGCACCCAUACCGGGGAGCGGCCGUACAGCUGUGGCCACCCAGGAUGCAAGAAGCGUUUUACACAGCGGGGCGCACUCACACGGCACCAAAAGAUCCACGAACGGUUCGUUUCCCAAAGUCUUGUGCUUCUUCUUUCCACCGUUCUCAGCGUCAGCACACGCCCACCAGAUCUGCACUCAUUGCAUUUUCUGCUCAUUGCAUUUGUUGCACAUCUUGAUCGCAUCCACGGCAGUGACUAUACGUGUCGAUUCUGCGCCAAGGUCUUUCGGAACAAUCGUGACGUCGUGCGUCACGAACAAAAGCAUUUGGACCUGUCGAGCACGUCCUCCCAUGUGUCGACCAAGAGUCGCAGCAACACAUCUUCGCAAACAUCGAGUCAUGCCGGGUCGUCCGGUUCACCGCCGUCUGACAAUACCGCCAGCGGCUCUGGAAAUGGCAGCCAUGGGGACAGCUCGUCCGGUCGUGGUACGAUGCGCACAGACAAGAGCAGCCGUCACGAACGCAAUCUAUCGAGCUCAACCAUGCAAAUGUCCAUGCCAGCUUUUGUCAACCCGCACAUGCCCCAUACCUUCAUGUACCGCAACCCGAAUAUGAUGAUGUCGCCGGCCUUUGUGCCACAGAUGCCACCCAUGUACAGCAUGCCCAUGGGCCACGUGCCCCCCGGUUAUGGCCCCAGCAUGCAGACCAUGCAGAACAUGCAGACCAUGCAGAACAUGCAGAACAUGCAGAACAUGCAGAACAUGCAGAACAUGCAGAACAUGCAGAACAUGCAGAACAUGCAGAACAUGCAGGAGAUGCCACCCAUGCAGAACAUGCAGAACAUGCAGAACAUGCAGGAGAUGCCACCCAUGCAGAACAUGCAGGGGAUGCCACCCAUGCAGAGCAUGCAGAGCAUGCCGCCCAUGCAAGGCAUGCAUGCGGCUCACGGUGGGGCAUCUGCUAUGGAUCAGCAGCAGGGCAUGCUUCAAACCGGAGACGCCCGACACGUUACAUCCAUGGGCAGAGCAGGCGGGUACAUGUUGCCGCCACGUUCGACACCGCUGUCGUUUGACGGCAGUGGUUCGGAAAGCGCCUUCUUCGUACCCUUGACGACUGGCAGCAGUAAUUACUACGGGCCUCUUGAGCACCUCAAACGACAGACGUGGCGCGGGGAGGCUUCCCCGCUGGGCCAAGGCAUGCAGGCCAUGGGGAUCAACACACCGCUCUCAGAGGCUUCUGACCCCUCCUCUUGGCCUGUACCCUUGAGCUACGGCUUGCCGUCAAAUGGAGCAGGUGACAUGUGCACUCCUCUCGCCAGCGGAGCCGGCUGGCCGAUGCCCGAGCAGUUACCAUUGAAUCCUAGCGCCGCUUUGGGGGAUUCAGCCGACCGUCUCUAA